CCCCGCUGGCAUCUUUGUGACCAGAAUCGUACAUAAACCAUAAUCUUUCAAGCAGCACCUGUCUUAGCCACGAACAACAGCACGAAUAUCUCCUUGAAAACAUUCUGUUGAACAAGCCAACUGCAGUGAGCUCAAGUUUUCGAACAUUUCGUAAACACAUUGUCAUAUACAGCAAAUUUUCACCUUAAGCAGGAUGGCUGUUGUUAAAAUAAUGCAAACUGCUGUUUCAAGGCUUGGCUGGUAACCUCUUAUCCUAGAAAACAAACGAAUGGCAGAAACGUGCAGAACGAAACUCGAAGCUGCCGUUUUAAUUUUAAGCUUCUUCCUUCAAAGCGUUAUCAUUAUUCCGAUUUCCUCUGAAUGUUCCGGUAAGUCAAUUCUGCAAUUUGUAAACGAUGGAUUUGCUUUGUCUAGUUUUAGGAGAGUUCUGUGAAAAUUGAUGUCAAUUAUAAUAUUAUUGUUACAUCUUCUCGCUGAAAAAUACCCAUAAGUGUCGCUGUUGGCAAAACGCGACGCAGUGAUUAAAUUUCCAGUGGACUUGUGAACCGACAUAUAGAGUAUAGCAUAGUUCUAUCUGCCAAGAUUGACUAUAGAAGGGAUGUAGAUUAAUUACUUUCUUCUUUGACGAGUAGCUCCUCUCUGGUUUUUACAACUUAAUUCAGUGUACAUUCAAAAUCUAAUGGUGAAAUCACAGAUAUAAUACCUGCUAAGAAAAGUUCUUUCUUCAGUACAAAGCUGACAUGCAGAGGUUUCAAACUCCUGGGAUAACGUUUCAGGGAAACCUCUCAGAGCACAAUAAGGCAGCAACAAACCGUUAUCCAGUGUCUCUCGAGGCAAAUCAAUUUGUUAAGGAUUUUACCCUGACAUUAUCUUAUUCUAAACCAAAAACUGUGCUUGAACUUGUUUUGUCAUUUGCAAACCAAAUAGGUGAAGAAUGCCGAUCCAUUGUUUUCAAAGAACCCAUACAGGACAAAGUCAUGAAGGGCCACCUGAUCAGGCUUGAAGAGGUGCCCCAUCAAGGCAGCUGUAAUGUGCUGUGUUAUAUGGAGCCCAAUUGUGUGUCCAUAAAUGUUGGGCCUUCACAAGCUAAAGGAGGGAACUACAUUUGUGAGUUGAACAGUGCUUCGGACGAAAGUCCAGGCUCGUCCUACCUUCAGAGUAAAGAAGAUUAUAGCCAUCUCAGUAUCGAGAAUCCUUGUAGUAGCAGUCCCUGUUUCAACAAUGGCACAUGUCGAGCUGGAUACACUGAUAAAGGAUUUCGUUGUAAAUGUCCUUUAGGAUUCACUGGUGCAUACUGCGAGAAAGCCUGCAGCCUUGACUUUGAAGAUGGAAUCGGUGGUUGGGAAAUGACAGGCGGAGCUUUCAUUUACCAGCCAACAUUCGCUGACAAUCCAGCAGCUCGCGGAAGAGAAAGCGCCAAUCUACAAGGGGACUGGUGGAUAGGGGGAGCUGAGAAACGGCCCAGUGAGAACGAUACCGCCGGGGUUCAGCAUUCAGAUGGACCCGAUGUACCCCAAGGAACUCUCACCUCACCUUGUUUUCGUAUCGUUGGAAAAAUGCAGGGAGACAUGAUUCGUCUCGUAAUCUUCGCUUCAAUUCUGGACUGCGCAUCUGCCAAUGGCCAGUGCAGGACAGAGAUCAACAUUCAAGGUAUGAGACUUGAAGGAUUCGUGUUUUCAAGGAUGUCCGCAUCAGCUCCCCAUAUCUGUGAUGUCCGAUGCGAACGAGAAAUCGCCUGGCAAAGCUUUAACUACAACAGGAAGGAGAAGAUCUGCGAAUUGAACAACCGCACCAAAGAGGCGAGGUCUGGACGUUUACGCUUAGAUCCUGCUUGGUUCUAUAUUAAGCGUUUGAACGAAAGAGCCUGCAACUUUGACUUUGAAGAUGGAAUCGGCGGAUGGGAAACGACAGGCACAGCUUUCAUUUACCAGCCAACAUUUGGUGACAAUCCCAUCGCACGCGGUAGAGAAAGCGCCAAGCUGCAAGGGGACUGGUGGGUAGGUGGAGCUGAGAAUCGGCCCAGGAAAAGUUCUCCUCCAGGAGGGCAGCACCCAGACGGAAGCGACCCACCUCGGGGAACUCUGACUUCUCCUUGUUUCCGUAUCGUUGGCAAACAUAUCUCGUUUCUCAUUGGUGGGGGCUGUAACGUAAGCGUUAUUCGGGUGGAGCUUAUUGUCAACAACCAGACCGUCAGAAAAGAGACAGGCAACUGUGAGGAGACAAUGUACCGCAAGAGCUGGGAUGUGGAAGAAUAUAUUGGUCAAAUAGCUCGCGUCAGACUAUUGGACGAGACGGCUUGUUGUUGGGGCCACAUCAACUUUGAUGACCUUAAAGGAGAUAUUAUUUGUCCGCAUGAUUUAGACAAAGAAAAGUAUGAAGAGGUAGAAAGAGCAUGAAGGAUCAUCGGCUCUUAAAACCUAAAUGUAGCAAAUCAUCGGCUCUUAAAACGUUUCUGUAGCAAAUCUUUCCCAAAUAAACCAUGGAAAUUCGAAUCUAUUUAAUGGCGUCACAAUUGAUUGCGGGGAGCUCAGGGACCGCGUACCAGUAAGAUCAAUUGUGACGAUGUUCAUUUUUCGUCGAGCUCCAGUUGAAAAUUAUAACAACGAACCAAUCAGGGCUGCUAAAAUAAAGAGAAUGGCUUUAGCAGUACAGCUUUAAAAUGUUUGUUUUGGAAGGUAAACAAAAACGGAUUAAGCGCCGAGUUAAGAUAGCCAAGCAUCAGCAGCACCAGGAAAACUUCGUAAGAAAUUGGA